GUACUUGCAUGCAUACAGCGGUAAGUGGGUGAACCAACAAGCAACGGUAGCUCCGCCACCAACAAUCAGUUCCAACAUUUCGCAUUCGCGUAUGAACUCGUCUCUUAAACGCCUCGAAUCUUAUAUAUUCCUACUCUUGCUACUUUGUCUGCUUAGAUAUGUUCUUCUUUUAAUUGGCGCCUCAAUUCAAGAUUGAAUUAAUAAAUUUAUUCCUUGUUGCAUUCAUCAAUCAUGGCAAUUGAGUCAUUAGACCUAUCACUUCCUCCUUUCCAACCAGAAAUGGUAAAGGUAUUAGACGAAACCAACACCGAAUCUGCUUCCGUUCCUCUCUAUACGAUGGUGCCAAACAUAUCUAUGUCGCGCCUAGAAGAGAUUGCCGAAAUUCCACAAGAAGAAUGGGAAACGAUAUAUAUGGAAAAUAAAGUAGUACGCGUUGCAAAACCAACACCGGAUUUCUCUGGUCAAAGCCUUACCGAAUUGAUAACCACCCAUAUCGCCAUGGAUAAAGAUAUAAAACCAACUGACGGGGGCGCUUCUUUAAUUGGUUGGAUGCCUGAUUAUUUUAUUGUCGUCACAAACGAAGAUAUCGAGGAUCAUGGUUUAUUACUUGUGUACGCCGAUCCAGGAUUUAAAGAUGAAGAGAAUGCAGAGGAUAAUGAGGAUCCAAAGAUGGGAAAGUUCUUUUUUCGGUCAAAAGAUAUGUUCAACAUCAUUAGUGGGAGGAUUUUCUCGGGAACUGAUUGGGAUGAUUUAGAAGAAUCGUAUGGUAUGGAUAGUGAAAAGAAGGAUGCAGAUGACGAGGGUAGUGAAGAUGAUGAAGAUGAUGAAGAUGAUGAAGAUGAUGAAGAUGAUGAAGAUGAUGAAGAUGAGGAGGACAAUGCAGAAGAGGAAGACAAGGAUAAAAACGACGAUGACUGGGUAUAAUGCUUGGGAAAUUCAAACGCUACCUACCUAGGUAUAUUUCCCCAGGAACCAUGAGCCUCGGGUACCUAGGCAGUAUGGCCAACACUAUGUUACACUACGUCUU